AUGCAUUUCGAUACAAGACUACUUAUUGUGUAUAUAUUUUUAUUUACUAUUAAUUUUCUACUAUGUUGCGGUCAAUAUUCAGAUGAACAAAGUUACUUAUCAUUAAUUGAAUUUCAACGUGGUGGUCCAUUUACAAAUGUGAUAUUAUCAUCUCCUCAUGGUGGUUUUCUUGGCGCUAAUUUAUCAUCAAAUAAAAAAGGAAAAUCAUCAGUUAAUGAAAUUUUAACAACACCAUUAUCACAACUACCUAGUGGCGGUUGUUACAACAAUACAUUAGAUCGUUGUGUAUAUACAUUGCGAGAUUGUUUAAGAUCGGAUAGCAAUAAUGGUGAUAAAAUAUCUUUUCGACCUGAUGCACGGUGUAUUAUUGAUCGUAGUUCAACAUCAGCCAUGUAUACAUUAACUAAAGCUAUAUCAGAAGCAUUUUCAUCCGAUUAUCGUCCCUUUACUAUUUUAAAUAAACUCACUCGUCAGUAUGUUGAUCCCACUGAAGAUCUACUUACUGGAACAUUUCUACUUGAAAGUGCUACUCGUGUAUAUAUGGAUUAUCAUCGAUUAAUAGCUAUGUCAAAAGAAGCGAUACGUUCAUCAUCACGUGGUCUUUUUAUUGAAUUUAUUUUUCAUAAAGAUUCUCAAACAAUUCAACUUGGUUAUGGUUUUGAACUGAGUCGUUCAAUAAUUGCUACUAAACCAUCACAAUCAACUAUCAAUGAAUUAAUUUCACGUUCAGGUCCUAGUAUUAUCAAAGGAAAUAAUUCUCUUGGUUAUUUUCUACAUCUUAAUGGAUUUCAAUCUGUUCUACCAUUAGAACAUCAACGACAAAUUCAAUAUCGCGUAUCCACUCAUUCCACCCGAACACAUGCUGAUCAAAGAUUUAAUGCGAUUUUAUUUUCAUAUCCUAUUGAACGUUUAAGAACACAUACACUUAAACUCGAAGCAAUUCGUAUUGCCAAGGCUAUCGAACAGUUUAUAAAAACAAAUAAUAUAAAGUCUAGAUCACCACCUCGAUGUUUAUCUUCUGUCAAUUCGAUCAGAAUACUAUUAUUAUUAUUAUUCUUGUCACAAUUUUUUUUCUGCUACAUACAUUUAUGA